AUGGCCAAAACAAGGCCCGGCUCCUCCAAAAAGGGCCGUUCCAAGAAGUCUCACAAGAAAAACAACACACAGCCCGAUGGCGCAUCAUCGCGGCCCAGCAAAUCACCAAAGGCCCUCGUCCAGGAUGCCGAGGCCGCCAUGACACAAGGCGAUGUUCGUAUUGCACUGGCGGCAGCACAAAGGGCACAAAAGGCCCUGGAAGACGCCAGCAGCGGGAAUGGCAGCAACAACAUCGUCUUGGACGGUGUUGGCCUUGCGGCCGUACACGCCCUGGUCGGCGAGAUUCACCUGGAGAAUGGCGAUGUGGAGGAUGCGCGUGCGGCGUUGGAUCGAUCCGUGAGCCUGGACCCCGAGGGCACGCUCCCGGAGGCGUUGGGUGGCGGCGUGGACAAGUUUUUGUACAUGGCGCAGCUCAGCGAGGAGGGCGGCCGAGACAGCAUCCGGUGGUUUGAGCGGGGCGCCGGCGCUCUGCGGACCCUGGCGGGCCGGAUACAGAAGAAGACGGGUCGCAGCGACAGCGACGACAGGGAACCCAACGAGCUGCAAGACGAACUGGGCAACCUCAAUGCGAAACUGGCACAGAUUCUGUGCGCCAUGGCCGAGGUCUGGAUGACGGAUCUGUCGUUUGAGGACGACUGUGAGCAGCAGUGCGAGGCGCUGACGACGGAGGCCACGCUCGUCGACCCAACGUCGGCCGAAGUCUGGCAGACGCUCGCCAAUGUGCGCAUCAGCCAGAGCCGCGACGAGGAGGCACGGGUGGCGCUGCAGCGCAGCCUGGAGCUCUGGGAGAAUUUGCACCCGGCACACCCCCUGGUGCCCGCGUUUAGUGUGCGCGUCAGUCUGGCGCGUAUGCUCAUGACGGUCGGCUGGCUGACCAAGGCGAUCGAGGUGACGUCGAACCUGCUGCGCGAGGACGAGCAGUCGGUCGAAGUGUGGUACCUGGCGGGAUAUGCAAACUACCUGCUGGGCCAACAGCUCAAGGAGGCCGACGUAGCAGACACGACCGGGCAGCAGAAGAAGGACCUGUGGAAGGGAGCGUGGAUUGAGGCCCGCCGGUGCCUGGGCCGUUGCCUGCGGCGGUUCCAACAACAGCAGUACGAGGAUGAGCGUCUGGGCGAACACGCGGCCGAGCUGUUCCGGGAACUGGAGGCGGCCGUCGGACCCGCGACUCAGAAGGAGAAGGACGAAGAGGAUUACGCGGAAGAAGAUGAGGAUGAGGAAUGGGAGGACGACGAAGAGGAUGACGUUGAAGACGACGAGGACGAAGACGAAGACGAGGAAAUGGAGGACUAG